AUGACAGACAAGGCAUCUAAGAGAACACUUUCCAUCGCUAAGGGAACAUCCAUGGAGGAACAACCUCAAAGGCUGGUCAGUGAAGCUUAUGCUCAUGGACCAUGCUCAGAGAUGCAUCAGUUUGAUAAGGAGGGCAAUGGUGAACUUCUUUCCUCUACCAGAGUCAUACAGGGUCUACUGAGUUCUAAAAACCCCGAAACCAAGCAAGCCCGGAUUCUUCUUUUGGGACUUGACUCAGCUGGGAAGUCUACCCUCCUUUACAAAUUAAAGCUUGCUAAGGAUAUUACGACCAUCCCAACAAUAGGUUUCAACGUGGAGAUGAUCGAGUUGGAAAAGAGUCUUUCACUCACAGUCUGGGAUGUUGGAGGACAGGAAAAAAUGAGAACUGUGUGGGAGUAUUACUGUGAGAACACCGAUGGGCUGAUGUAUGUUGUGGAUAGUACGGACAAGCAGCGACUGGAAGACUCCAGGAGAGAGCUGAAGCACAUUUUGAAGAAUGAACACAUUAAAAAUGUGCCUGUUGUCCUGUUAGCCAACAAACAGGAUGUACCUGGAGCUCUGACUGCCGAGGACAUCACCAGAAUGUUCAGAGUGAAGAAGCUCUGCAGUGACCGGAACUGGUAUGUGCAGCCCUGCUGUGCCAUCACCGGGGAUGGACUGAUGGAGGGGUUCAGGAAACUGACUGGAUUUGUGAAAAGCCACAUGAAAUCAAGAGGAGACACUUUAGCAUUCUUUAAGCAGAACUGA